UUUCCAGUUCUACCAACUAUCACUCACCACACACCUGAUACAACCUGGGCCGCAUCAAAGCACCUAGCCAGCAUCUUUCAGAACAAACACACACACACACACCCCCAAUCGGCUUUUUUUCCCCCUUUUGGACCAUGAUUGUUUCCCCGGCUCUUGCGAAAUUCUUGCCUUUCUUGUUAACUUUAAAAAAAAAAAAAUCUGGAAAAAAAAUGUUGCUUUCAUUUCAGACCUGGUUGCUGUGCAAAACACGGCCCAACAGAGGCUUACAAAACCUCCAUUGAUUUCCCAGAUGAAACCCUCGCUUUCAUCAAAUCUCACCCUUUGAUGGAUUCCGCCGUCCCGUCUGUCAUCGAGGAGCCCUGGUUUACAAAGACGAGGGUCAGGUAUCGGUUGACUGCAAUAGCUGUGGACCGCUCUGCUGGCCCACACCAAAACUACACAGUCAUAUUCGUUGGCUCAGAAGCUGGAGUGGUGCUCAAAAUCUUGGCAAAGACCCGGCCUUUUUCUCUGAACGACAGCGUCUUACUGGAAGAGAUUGAUGCCUACAAUCAUGCAAAGUAUUUGAACACCUUAGAGUACGAUGGCGAGGAAAUCAGCGGUUUGGCAAGAUGCCCGUUCGAUGCCAGGCAAACCAAUGUUGCCCUCUUUGCCGAAUCUGACAGUAUGUGA